GCCCAGGGACCAAUCCGGGGCCAUGUUUAUCGUCUGCUCGCCCUCACACUAGUGCAAAUGGAGUAAGAAUGAGUGAGGGUCGGGGAGGCUCGAGGCUGGUGGAAUUUACGCAUCAAAAUGGGCGACCGGGCCAGAAGCCUUACCAUUGACGGUGUGAGGUUGAUCAAGGACUUGAAGGUGGUGGAGCUGAAGGCGGAGCUGGAGCGGCGGGGCCUGUCCAAGUCCGGCAGCAAGAAGGAACUGGUGGAACGUUUGAGGAGUAGUGUACAGUUUGAGAACACCAAGUCAAAGGCAACAGCCGCAGUCAACGAAGAGGAUGUUCCUAACAGAUGGCUACAAAAUGAGCCCAACCUAGACAACAACGACUACAUCCGAGAGUACUUCCAGUCUCAGAAGGCACUCUACCGCCAGCAGAUUGAAGUCCGAAGGCAGUACAGAGAAACAGCCACCGCCGCCACAGUCCCGGGAAGCUCGGAGGCGGUGAGUGGUACACGGGCGGACACCCACCAGCCAGCAUCCACCCCACAGCCCCCAGCAUCUCAGCCCACACAGGUGACCGAGGCCAAGGGCGUAGGUGCGCACGUCCACGGGUUAACACACAAGGAGCUGCCACUACCCCCUCCCACCGCCAAGGUCCGGAAACCCAAGGUCGUUGAACCCCCACCGCCACCACUACCGGAGUCCCCAUCCACCUCAAACUGCAGCAGGCCAAGUCGCAGCUCGGCCCGGGCCGCUCGAGCCCUCAGCCGCAUCUCAUUUGAGGACUCCGAGGAGGAUAACUCAGAGGACGACGACCACCACAGCCACCACCACCACCGCCCUCAGCCGACACGCAGGUCUCGGAAACGCUCGUCCCGGCACUCCCACGCCCACCACGAGGUUGCCGAAAGCCUUCCGCAGGUGUCGCAGGAACCCGCCACCCCGGACUUCAAGGACCGAGUGCCGUCGCUGAAGAUCAAGCUCCCAGAACCUGCCAGUGUGCCUAAUGCCAUUGAGGAAGUACCAAAGAGAAAAGACGACAGUUCUAGUGCCGCAAGGAGAGAACAGAGUUACUUUAGAGCUGACACAGCAGGCCGAGGCUCCGCCACUAAUCAGACGCCGAGCAAAAGACACUCAGUAGUUGAGGCCGAGGUUAUUGUCGUUCCCACGCCUCUGAGAGUACCUGCGACCCCACCAGUUGUCUGUGAUGAUACUGCCGCUACUCCCCCUGAGCGAAGAGUGUCUCUAAAAGUCAUUCCGCCGGUCUCCCCGCACGCAGCAAAGACAGUGAUUAAGGAGAGAGAGACAAAGCAAAAGUUACUGAGUGAGGAGUUGCCUUCCUCAACAGCUUUAAGUGUGGAAUUACAGCCCGUUGUGUCCCUGAAAAGGCUACAACAGCAGCAAAAACGGAGCGCUGAACAGACAGUCUCCAAACCCAGUGCUAAAGAAAGAGUCUCGUCGACGCAGCUCGAGAACUAUGCAGCAAAGUCUUUCAGCUUAAACUGUCAGAGUGAGCGCGUUAACUCAAACUUAACAAGUGUUGAUGUGCACGAACACCCGGGCAAGGAGAAACUCACCAGGGACCUUAAACCUAAAGAAAAGUUAUCCCUGAUCCCACCCGAACCGCCACCACAGCAGGUGAAACAGGUCAUUGCGGAGGCCAAGUCUGUGAUCGAAGCGCCGCCGGCCAAAGUUGAGAGUGACAGGGACACCUUAGUGCCGGUUGUUGAAACACAGCCUUCCACCCCCCUCAAGGCAAGUGCCAGUCGAAGGGCUCCCCAAAGUGUGUCCAUCAAGGGUGAGUCUGACCAGUGUAUUGGUGACACACUAACCCCCAGCCUAAAGAAAGGUGACAAGGCCAAGAAACCCCCCCCCACCACCAGCCCUGCAGAGGCCACCAAGCAGCCACCAGUAGAGGAGACAGAGCCAGUCAUACCUGUAGCGGCAUUACUCCCGAGCUCUGUCACUGUAAGUAAACUUGAUAACGUUCCUGUUACAGACGUUUCAGCCAAGAAGUCUCCCAGAGAUCUCCUGAAGACUGAGGUGAAAGAUUUUGGAGAGAUCAAGAAAGUCCUAUCAAGUGACAGCCUCUCUGUGGAAAUCAUCCAAGUCAAGAAGGACACAGCAGAGGGUGAAGAAGCCUCUGUCAGACCAGGAGAACCUCAGCCAGGCGUAGCAGCCCCAUCUAGCAAGGCCUCCUUAGCUCAUGUUGCUCCUAUAAAAGCCAAGAUCUGGGAGAAGCUACUUGACACAGCACAAAAGAAGGGCGACCCUGUCAAAGACCCAUCCCCGGACUCUGACCUCACAGAAAAAACAGAGCUACACAAGGCGAAGGCAGAGGAAGCUGAAGAAGAGCUACCAACCCAGGGCCUAGAUAGUAACUUGGAUCCUGUACCUUCAGAGAACCAGGAAGGUGUCCACAAAAAGCCUGUCAUUACUAAGGUAACAGACUUUGAGCCCACCUCCCACUCCAUCACCAGCCUCCUCUCCAGCAGCAACAAGGACAGGGAGAGGGAGAGAGGUGGCAUAAAGGAAGUCAAGAAGCUUCACCUUGGAGACGACACACAGAAAGGACCCCUGAUACCUGGUUACUCUCCCCCCUUACUCAAUAAAGAACCUGAACCUGAGGCAAAGACAGAUAUCACCCAGGAAACUAAAGGUGAUACAGUCAGCUCAAGCGUCAAAGAACCCACCACUUCCACCUCCACAUUAUCCGCAGCUAAACCUGAGCCACAGAGCAAGGAGUUACUGCCUGCCCAUCCACCAACAGAAAAGACAGACAUAGUACAAGUUCCCAAGUCUAUCCUCACAGGUACAAGUGCAGAUACACCCCAAGUCUCUCUAGUGAUCAAGCCUAACCCAUCUGCUGCACCUGCCCAGCCUAGUCCCAAACACUCGGUGAAGAACCUUUUGCCUAACACCACAUUAGAGGAGACAAAGGAAUCAAAGCCUACCGAAGACCUCAGUUUCCCACCCAAGACAGAACACACCAGCGACGCCUCAAAAUGGAUUAGUACUUCACCAUUGCUAAGACUAAACUCUGAGACUCCUGGAAUAGAUCUCUCCAAACAAGGCCUUCCGAUCCCCAGCAAGGAGUUGAAGCCCAUCUCUGUUGUUCAGCCGGUUCAUAAGUUUCAGAGUAUCGAGAGUCUUAUCAGUGACACUUGUGGAGGCGACAGUGAAGGAACACCAAAACCUGAACACCAGCAGCCAAGAGCAGUCAGCAAAAGCACAGAAUUAGAAGUUGCAAAGACUGUGACAGCUUGUGUUGAGGCUGGUGGCGGAUCUCAAACUCAGAAAGACCUAACAAAGCCAACUGACCUUGAUACCACAACAGCAACACCAACAACCAAAUCUGCUGAUACUGCAACACAAAAGUUGACCCUCGGAACUGAACCAGUACAGCCUGAAACUUCAAAACUCCCUGAUACUAAGGCCACUCCAGCAGCACAUAGCAGUGAGAUCUUGACUGCUAGCACUAAGGAAGAGAAACCUGUUGUGAGUCGGAAAGAAAAAGAAGAGGAAAUUAAGACAGACAAUACACCACCCAAAGAAACAGUUAAAGAGUCUGUGUUUAGUCAGGAGGAAAAAAAAGAAACUAAGACAGACAAAACACCACCCAAAGAAACAGUUAAAGAGUCUGUGUUUAGUCAGGAGGAAAAAGAAGAAACUAAGACAGACAAAACACCACUCAAAGAAACAGUGAAAGAAUCUGUGUUUAGUUGGGAGGAAAAAGAAGAAACUAAGACAGACAAAACACCACUCAAAGAAACAGCUAAAGAAUCUGUGUUUAGUUGGGAGGAAAAAGAAGAAACUAAGACAGACAAAACAUCACCCAAAGAAACAGUUGAAGAGUCUGUGUUUAGUCAGGAGGAAAAAGAAGAAACUAAGACAGACAAAACAUCACCCAAAGAAACAGUUGAAGAGUCUGUGUUUAGUCAGGAGGAAAAAGAAGAAACUAAGACAGACAAAACAUCACCCAAAGAAACAGUUGAAGAGUCUGUGUUUAGUCGGGAGGAAAAAGAAGAAACUAAGACAGACAAAACAUCACCCAAAGAAACAGUUGAAGAGUCUGUGUUUAGUCGGGAGGAAAAAGAAGAAACUAAGACAGACAAAACCUCUCCUAAAGACACCGUUCAGGAGUCUGUAUUUAGUGAGAAAGAAAAGGAAACUAAAACAGACAAAACUCCACCCAAGGAAACAGAGAAAGAAGAAAAGUCUGCAUUAAGUAAGAAAGAAACAGAAGAGGAAACCAAACUCAAAGAAGCAGAUACAGAACAAUCUUUAGUAUUUGGAGAAGAAACACUCGGGGAAACUAAAACAGAAAAACCCAAAGAAACUGUCACAGAUUUAAACACUGACAAACCUCCAUCCCUAGAACUCUCUUUGCCAAGUCUUUUAUCAGAUACAAGGCCAAGUGUUAAAGAAUCAGACCUUCCCACAGAAAAUAAAACUGAAGUGCAAGAGAAAGAAUCCAGUACUAAAUCACUAAAGGAUCAGGAAAUAGUACAACCACCAGUACAGGGCAGUGACAUCUCUCCAAAAGGUUUAGUGAACAAAGAAUCCACUCCAUCUAAGGUUAUAUCCAGGGUUCCAAGUCCUUCAACUACAGCAGAAGAAGUCAAAGCAAAGCCCACAGUCCCUGAACCUACAAGACAGACGGUAAAAUCUGAGGAAACUGUAAAAUCUCCCGGUGAAUCAAAGUCCUCUGCUGAGACUAUUAGUGCAGGAAAGGAGGACAGUUUAGAAUCAAAAAGCAAAGCAAAACUUGAGUUAUCUUCAGAAUCAAAAGACACUUCUGCAGCGCCUGUAACUGAAGUCAAAUCAAAACCUGAAUCAACCGCAGAUCCUGAGGAAACCAAACCACCACCACAAGGAGCUCAGUCAACAAGGGAGCCAAUCACCUUAGGAUCAGAAUCAAAAGAUGCAAGUAAAGUGCAUUUAGACUCCAAAACAGAGCCUGCAGACUUGAAGGUAGAGAGCAGAGGAUCAGAGUCUCCUUCCCCUGCCAAAGAGAAGGAACGUGAGGUUAAAAGUCUUGUAUCCAGCGAAGCAAAGGAAGACACAGCAUCAGUCACUCCUGCCGCUAUAACACAGCUCACCAACAGCACAGCCGAGGAACAGACAGGAACAAGAGCUGCCCCAGAAACUGUUGGCACUGCUGUUAAAGAGGAAACAACAACCAAGCCAGACCUUAAGUUAUCUGAAACCCUCAAGACCAGUCCAGAACCCACCACUCCAACAGCCAAAAGUGUCCUGGUAACUGAUACUUCAACUGUAAAAGAGGAGACUCCAAGGAAACAGGACCUGAAGUUACCUGAGGUUCCCAAGACAGCUGAGGCCACUACUCCACCAGCUAAAACUGCUGCUGGAACUGAUACCACCUCUUCAGCUCCUGUGAAAGAGGAGACAGCAAGCAAACCAGAGUCAAAGGCACCAGAGAUUCCAAGGAAACAAGACCUAAAGCCAACUGAGGUCCCCAAGACAGCUGAAACCACCCCUCUAACAGCCAAAACUGCAGCUGGAACUGACACCUCCUCUGCUGCUCCUGUGAAAGAGGAGACACCUAGCAAACCAGACACCAAGGUACCAGAAGCCUCAAAGAAACAGGACUUUAAGUUAUCAGAGACUCCUAAGACAGCUCCUGAAAACACCACCCCAGCAGCAAAGAGUGCCCCACCAAGUGACGGUUCUAGCACUACUUCUAUUACUGUGAAAGAGGAGACUCAGAGAAAACCAGAUCUCAAGUCACCUGAAGCUCCUAAGUCAGCCCCUGAAAACACCACCCCAGCAGCAAAGAGUGCCCCACCAAGUGACGGUUCUAGCACUACUUCUAUUGCUGUGAAAGAGGAGACUCAGAGGAAACCAGUUCUCAAGUCACCUGAAGCUCCUAAGUCAGCUCCUGGAACCACCACCCUAGCAACCUCUAGUUUUGUCACCUCUGCUACUACUACUGUAAAGGAGGAGACUGCAAGCAUCCAGUUACCACCAGAGCCUGAGAGGAAGCAAGAGGCCAAGCUUCCAGAGCAGAUAAAGGCUCCCCAAACCACUAGUCCAACAACUAAAAGUGACCCAGGAACUGAUACUGUUUCUGUCAAGGAGGAGGCGCCAAACAGACCAGACGUCAGACUACCAGAGACUCAGGUCAGAACCACCCCAGUACCACAGCAGAAGGAGGACAAACCCAAGGAGGCAAGCAAAGUACAGCCAGAAUCCAGUGUCAAGUUAGAAGCUGAGAAGACUCGAAGGAAAGAAGCAGUUGAUAUCACCUCUGAGAGACAGCCCAGAACAGAAGGGUCACAAUCAAGUGUUAAGUCAGAAAAUAAACCCUCCACUAACACCUCAUCCACUUCUUCAGUAACAGACAAGUAUUCAGGGAAGGAACCACUUGACAAGGUUACCCCUUUGAGUGAGAACAGAAGAGAAGGAAACUUAACAUCACCCAAAACAGAAACUCCUCUCACUGUUUCUGUUACACCCCGAACAGAAGGUAUCCCAGUGACAGCUUCUGGUAAGCCUGAAAGGAGUGAGCAGUCAGCCACCAAAGCAAGUGAGGCUGAAGUAGAUUCCUCCACCAGAACAGAGACAACAAAGAAGGAAGAAGCUGAAAACUCUGGUGAUAAAGUAGACAAACAGGAAGGCAGCUCAGUAACCACCCCCAGGACUGAACCAAACUCCAAACAAGGAAGCUCGGUGAAAAGUGAAGGGAAUUUAGUCACCACAGACUCCAAGAAGCCCACAGAAGCUCCUCAGAGUGAGUCUUUUGUGAGUUCAAGGAUUGUUAAGACUGAAGGAGAACCCAUUGCGAGUCUUGGUAGUGGAAGUAAAGGGACCACAGGGAGUGAGACAAGCCCUGCAUCAAGCCAUAACGAGCCCAGUUUGCUUGACACUAAAAGCACCACCAAGGAACUUACCACUCACAGCUCACCUAAACCUCCUGCUAGUGAAGUCUGUACAGCCACUGCCCAGUCAGCUAAAGUCCCAUCCAGUGAAGUAAAGCCCACUGACAAAGACUUCCUUCAGGCCAAAACAGAACCCCCCUCCACACCAAGGGAAGCUAAAGAAACUCCAAAGGAAACAAAACCUCCAUCUAGUGAAGUUUGUGCUGAAACUCGUAAGGAAGCCAAACCCAAACCAAGCGAUACUGAUACUUCAAGGGAGAGAAAACCUAGCGAAGGUGAAGUUUGUAAAGAACCCUCCAAGCCCUUCAAGGAAAGAGACGCCACAUCAUCAACUUCUCCUACGAGCACUGACACCACAGCCAAGAGCCCAGUAACCCCAGACACAGCCAAGAGAAAAGACACAGACAAGGCCACUACUACCACCACCACUGCGGCCACCACUUCUGUCACUACUCCUACCACUUCUACAUCCGCUAAGCCUGACAACUUUCCUCAGAGGUUUCUAUUCGGAACAGGAAAGCUAUUGGGCGUUUCUGAAGCCUCAAAACAGAGUACAGAGGCAAGUACAAACGUUAGCCUUCCUCGGUUUACAUUCGGUAGAGACACAACAUCUCAACUUUCACUGCCUUCAACAACACCUCCACCUCUUCCUCGCCCACUUCUCACAGCCCCCAGUUUAGCAUCCCAGGGAGCUACAGGUACAAGCACUGCUGGACCUGAUACAGUGAAGAGUGAAGCAUCGCACAUCACCAGGAAAGGUCUGUACGAGACACAGAAACCAGAGGAAGAAGGGAAGAGCACCAAGGUUACUGAGGGAAAGGUCAGUGCAGGUGCCAAAUCAUCCUCUGCAGAUACUAAACAAGCUCAAGAGGAAUCAAGUACUGCCAGUAAAGUAAGUCCAGAACAAAAAGGACCAAGUCAGGACAGUACCAUCCAGUCCAAGGAAGCGGGAAAGACUUUUAACGUCACCGAAACAAAAGUCAACCCAUCGGCCAGACCUCCGUUCACCUUCAGACAAGUCGAGGCAAAUCAAGGACAUCCCAAGAAACCCGACUCUCUUCAGGGACCUUCCAUCAAGAGUGAGUUGCUGAAGACACCCAGAGAACAAACUGAGGGUAAAGACUCCAAGGAUACUGACCUAAAGAAACCUAGUCUUGAGGGAACUGCAGUAAAGAGCAAAGGUCCUGAUACACCCACAGAACAAGACGAGGACAAAGACUCGAAAGAUCAGCGGCUAAAGAAAUCAGACAGCCUUGAAAGUAAAGUUCCAGAAACAUCUAAAGAACAGAGUAAGGAAAAAGACAGUGCCACACCCAUCAGUCCAUCUCUCAGCAUAGACAAAGGCAGUAAAUCACAGGCAGAUAGAGUUACUGCUAAGAUUUGUACACCUGAACCUGCAUCCCAAGGUAUUACAGGGCUAAACAGAGGUCCAGGAUCAUUAGGAAAGGUAAUUGAACAGCCUAAGACUUCUUUAAUCUUACGUGGUAGCACACAACAAAAUACAGGUCCAGGAUCAUUAGAAAAGAAAGUUGCUGAACAGCCUAAGACUUCAACUCCUGAAACCUUAUCACAGAGGCUCACAGGACAAAAUACAGGUCCAGGAACAUUAGAAAAGAAAGUCACUGAACAACCUAAAACUUCUACUCCUGACACUUCAUCCCAGAGUACCACAGGACAAGUCACAGCCCCAAGACAGUUUGAAAAGAAAUUAACCGAGACUGAGACCUCCCAAACGUCAUCCCUAGGUAACGCAGGUACAGCGAAGUUAGAAAAGAAAGUUCCUGAGGUGACGAAAACUUCUUCGGAAACUACAUCCCAGGGUGACACAAACACAAGACCAAGGGCGUUAGAAGACAGAGAGACCAGAGAGAAACAGGCGAUAGACUCUCGGCCAAGUGAAGAAGUUAUCAAAGCAGUAAAAGAGCCAGGAAAGGAAGCUAAGAGUUCAAGUGUAGUAACUCAGCCUCUUGGAGUUGAGAGGACAGAAAAGGAAGCUACACAGAACAGCUCAGUGAGUGUAGGGAAAGAACCAGGAAAGGAGAAAAAGUCAAGUGAUAGACAACCAAGUGACAAAGAAGAGGCGAGAACAUUUAAGGAAGCAGGAAAGGAAGGGAAGAGUUCAGGUGUGAGCAAACCCAGGGAAUUUGUGCGUGCAAGAAAGGAAGGAAAGAAAACGAGACACAAGGGCGAGAAUUCAAGAGACAGCGAAGACUCGGACUCGGGAUCGUCGUCUGAUAGCAGUAGAGGCAGCAGUAGCAGCAGCAGCGACUCCAGUAGUAGUCUUCAUUCGCCAGGAAAGAUGGGUCGUCGCAGGAAGACAUCAUCCAGCGCUGAAGCAGAGAAGGAGACCGUCAGUUCCCGCAGGAGUCAGAGGACGAAGGAGGCGUUGAUGGACCAGAACAGUACGGACGGCACGGAGGAGGCGGAGGCCAGUGCAAAGGCUUCCCAGAGGAGUACAAAGGGACGCACCAAGAGGGACAGCAGUAAUGGGGACGUGGAGCAGGAGGAAGCGGCCGCCAACACCAAGCGUCUGCGGCGGAGCUCUCGUAGUGCCAGUGUGGAGAAGGACAAGGUCUUGGAGGCAGAGGCUGGCAGAUCAAGGACAAGGCGGAGCUCACGCACCCAGAGCGUUGACGAUGAUGAUGCAGAGAAGUCAGACAAGCGACAGAGGAACAGCUCAGAGAGGGAGACAACGCCUCUCAGAAGAUCCAGCAGGAAGUCUCGUGGCAAGAGCGUUGAGUCUGAGGAGUCCGAGGAUGAGCCUCCGGCCGGGAAGAAAGAGACAAAAGGGAAGAAGCUGGACAGUAUCAAGGAGCUGAACGAGAGCCAGCACGAGACACCGAAGAAGCCUGACGGGAAGAACGCAGACACUGAGAAGGGCGACACCAAGACUCCUCCACUCCCGUCAGAAAAGAAGACCGAACCCUCACCAAACAAAGAGGAGCUGCCGGAGAAACACAAACAGCAGAGUGACGGCAGUAAGGUUAAGGCAGCUGGUGAUGACUCAGCUGGCAAGCAAGAGGAGCCCAAGAAGGAGAAGAAGGAAGCGUCUGCGCCUCUCAAACUCCAGCGGAAUGAAGUGAAGGUCCCGGAGGCCAACAGGAGGUCCAGGUCCAGGUCAAGGUCAAGUUCUCGGUCACCCUCGCCAAAGAAACUGAAAACCAGCGAUGCCCUCCCGGCCAGACCCGCCAAGAAGGAGUCUGGGAAUGCCGAGGCCGAGAAGACCGACAAGAAGGCAGAGUCAGGUGGCAGCAGGAGUCCCAUUGAGGAGACCAAGAAGACCAGCCAGAGACCAAAACUGCUGAGGAACGAGGUGAAGGUGAAGCAGGACUCCCCCGAGAAAACUGGAGAGAGACGCAGCAGAAAACACAGCUACCACUCCAGCAGAAGUUCCUCAAGUGACUCUUCAAGAUCUCCCACCCCAAAGAAGAACAGAAAGAGACACUCGUCCUCGUCGUCAUCCUCCUCCUCCAGCAGCUCCUCAAGGUCACGCUCAAGACACUCCAGAAAGAAGUACAGCCCCGCAGGGAAGCGCUCAGGCCCAGACCGCAGGAACGACACAGCCCCAGCAGUGGCAAAGUCAGCAGAAAGCAGCAGUAGCAGGUCCAGGGACGAGGAGGCUGAGAAGACCUCCAAGCACAGGUCCAUAAACUUCCCAAGCAGUGGAAGGAAGAGCCGUCGGUCACACUCUCGUUCAAGGUCACCCGUGGCCAAGGCUUCAAAGGGUGGAGACGAGACACACACACACGACAAGGCCCACACUGAGGAUGCCAAGAAGGACAAGAGCUCAGAGGAGACCAAGCAGCCAGAGGGAGAGGAGGAGGCAAAGGAACCAGAGGACACCAUUGACUACUCCUCCUUCAAGUCUGUGAGGAAAGUGAGUCUGUCAAGAGGCAAGUCAAGGGAGGAGGAGGAUGCCGAUAAGCCCAAGAGGAAGAAGUGGGGUAACGCCACCAGGAAGCCUUCCCUUGACAUCUCUUCGGCCUCUUUGAAGACUAUAAUCCCUGACGUCAAGCCUCUGUCAGUCUCGGAGGUCCACAUGGAGGACUCUGCCCCUGAGAGUGGUGAGGCCAGUGACCACGAGGGCCCCGCACCCCCACCGGCAGCGUUCCAGGUGACAGCGCUGGAGGAAGCAGACGAGGAGGAGGAGGAUGAGGAGGAGAAGGUGAAGGCAGAGGGAAGGCCAAGGAGAGAGGUGAGGGAAGUGUCGCCUCUGAUGAUACAAGCCAAGCAGCGGAAACAGCACUCACCUAGUCCUGAAGAAAAGAAGAGUGUUCGCAAGAUCCACAUGUUCGUUGGACCGACUCCUUCCUCCAAGCCAGCCAUCGCCCCAUCCCGCAACCCCCCAUCCAGGGUGGUGUACAUACAGAACCUGGUGCGUCCCUUCACCAUCAACCAGCUGCGAGAACUACUGCAGCGCACUGGACGCCUCACAGAGAACGGCUUCUGGAUAGACAACAUCAAGUCCAAAUGCCUGGCAAUGUAUGAGACGGAGGACCAGGCACAGGAGACCAGGAUGGCACUUCAUGGCAUUCGGUGGCCUGUCUCAAACCCCAAGAACCUCUUUGUUGACUACUCCACAGAGGCCGAGAUGAAGAAGAGAAUGGCAGACUUUGCACCUCCGCCCCAGAAGACCAUUGAGGAUCGCAGGGACGAUAGGUGGAAGCGCGAGGGGCCCGUACGUGAGUGGGACCUGGCCAAGAUUGGAGAGCGAUCGCCUGGAGAGAAAGAGCGAGAGAGGGAGAGACUACGCAGGGAGAGGGAGGAGGAGAGGCUGAGGGAACACAAUAAACCCAGGAGUCCAGGAAGAGAACAAGAGAAGAAGCCUGCGGAACCGCCAGCCAAGCUUCUCGAUGAUCUGUUCCGCAAGACAAAGGCACAACCUGCAAUUUAUUGGCUGCCGUUGACUGCUGAACAGAUCAUGGAGAAGGAGGCUCAGAGGCGGCAGAAGAUGGCUGAGAUAGAGCGUCGCCAGGCUGAGAUGAAAGCGGCGAGGGAGAAGGAGCAGGCGGAGUGGGAGAAAGUGAGGGCGGAGCGGAGGAAGGAGAGGGAGAGGGAGCGUGAGAAGGAGAAGGAGAGGGAAAAGGAGAGAGAGCGGGAGAGGGAGAAGAAUGCCCGCAAGUCACGUUCGAGGUCAAGGUCACGCCGAAGGAGCAGGUCACCGAGAAGGUCACCCAGACGAUCACCAAGAAGGUCGCCGCGACGGUCACCUAGGUCGUCAAUAAAGAGAUCUCCCAAAAGGUCACCCGGAAAGUCUCCACGACGGUCACCACAGAGGUCGAGGCGGUCUCGGUCUCCAAGCAGAGAUUCUCACAAGCGGAGGAGCAGGAGUCGGUCCCGCUCUCGGUCCCGCAGCUGAUCUCAUCAACGCCACAGUAACAGAGGGGAGCUGACGCCUGACCCCGAGGAGGGCAGAGAGAACAAACAUGACAAUACCCUGGGGCAGUGAACAGUGUGUUGCUUCCAUUGGAGGCUGACACACAAAUGAUCUAAAACACACAGGCAAUGCAGAGUCCACACAAGAAGCAUACCAAGACUCCAGCACCAGCAAGCAGGCCCCUCGGCACCCCCAAGGUUACUACUGUUCCUGCUCCCCUUCAGAUUUAUUCCUUGCCUACUUCCUACCUUUCUCUCGCCCUAUCAAGUCAUCAUACCUAAUAUUUAUUUUUUAUUUUUUUGUACAUACUUUUCCCUAUUCACCCUUCCCUUUACAGGCAUGUCCACUCAAUGCUCUUCUGAUUGUGUAUUUUUUAUCUUUUCUCCUUAAGUGAUCAAAGAAAUGCCUUUAAAGAGAGAAUAUUAACUAAAUGUUUAGGUGUUAUUUCUUAGGAGACAUUCAGAUGAUUUUAUCCAUGAGAGCGAGAGAGAGCUGGCUUGUGUGUAUGGUAAGUAUGUUUUAUUUUUUUGAAGAUGUUUAAGAUCUUAAGUUUAUUUUAGGCUAGAGUGUAGGGUAGUUGAGGCUUACUUUUGUUUUAUUUAUAUAUCAGAAGAGCAUUGGGUGGUAAGGAAAGUGUUGAGAGAAAGCGUUGUUGGCGAGGGAAGCACCAGCGCCGUUUGGCCAGACUCAACAACGAUGAUUCUACGGAACUCCGAUGAUCAUCACUGAGAAGGAAAGGAACGACGGUCACGUUAAACUCUUCUUCUUCCUUCCUCAAUGGAACGCUCGUCUACGGAAUAGUUAAACGGUCGUGUGACGAUACGUGGCUGCAGACGCUGCCUUCCCCUACAUGCAAAGUAUAUGAAUGAAUGAAACAGACUCACGAAGGCACGCAAACAUUGCCUACGAUAAAUAGUACACCUGGAAGUGACUGAUUGUGACUUGAGUUGUACCUGUACCCAUGUUUGAUAAGUAGCUUAAGCACCGACGAGGUAUACCAGAGUGAUGGAUGUGCAUCUUUGUAUAAAGUCAUUGCGUGAGCACCUAACAUGCUGCAAGUGUGUCAGCUCACUGCUGUAAAAGUGUUUUUUAACAUGGGUUUGUUGAAGUUACUGCACCUGUACAUAGUAGAAAGUAAACAUCUGGGCAGGAUUCACAUUUUGAAAAAAAAAUUAGUAUGACACAGUAAUGCCAAGUGUUACUGCGGUGUACAGUACAGGAAAUUAUUUCUUCCCCCCAGAGUGUGGAGUACAAAAUUUGUACAUUAUAAUUUGUAAAGCUCCCAGUUGUGUUGGGCAGUAUGAUUAAGGCAGAGUUGCAGUUUCAAUCAUAUUUCCAAUGAUAACAUUGUAUGUAAACACAGUGAUUGAAACUACUUUAUAGUAUUUUGAUGUUAAAACUAAUGAUUUAUGCACUAGGAACUGAUCAGUUGUCAUUAUGUUUAUUUCUGGGUGACUUUAUAACCAAGUCAAUAAAAAAAUACACCCAA